CUUCCUGGCGCUGCUUGAUGACGUACAUCACAUGAGACCGCGGUUCAGUAAAGCGUUGUAGAACUGUCACAGGGAGGAACAGGCUAUUGAAUGCCUCAGGACCAGAUGCAGACUCAAUAACGAGUGGAAUUUUUGUGAGAGCCGAAUUAUUUUUACAAAUGACAUUCCGUUUACUUUAUUCCUAAUGAUAUUUCAGUCUGGUUUCAAGAUCUGUUCCUGCCUAAAGAACAUCCCCAUCAGACAUGGAAAGUAACCCUGAUGUUGAUCUGGAUCCCAAUAAGGAUGACCUGCCCCUGCGGGCUAACACCAACCAUAUGCUCGUCCGACACUAUGUGCUUGACCUCACUGUUCACUUUCAAAGGAAGGUCAUUGGUGGCAGCAUUGUUCUGUUUCUGGCACCCGGUAUUGGUUCCUGCAAACAAGGUGAACCGGGAUCUGGAUCAAACACAGAGGCGCAAAACAUAUCUCAGGUGUCAUGUAAACAUGACGUAAGUUCUCCCAUCACACCCGAGUCAAAUGAGGUGACACCUAUUGAGGAAUCAUCACGUUUGAGUGGAGGAAAUUAUGUCAGUAAUGUCUUUUGGGGUGAUGAGAGUGAAGAAUUCACCUUGGUGCUGGAUUGUUGUGACUUGAUGGUGUCAAAAGUGGAAGAGGUGGAUGUAACUGCAGUACCUAAUUUAAAUAAACUUGACAUUGACCAUGGGUAUGCAAAUGCGGAUCAUCCGUCAUCCAGUCUGGUACAGAGGCUGGUCUCUAUGCCUUCAGUCUGCUGGAGAUCGCAGCAUGAGCUAUACCUUCAGUGCAGCCGUUCCCCUACCAUCCUAAAUGCACAACCUCUCCGGUUUCACACGGACCGGUGGAGUCUUCAGAUCAGGAAGGAAGGGGUUUGCUCCCCUCAUGAUUUCCCAUCUGCUGUCCGAAUCUGGUAUGAAACUAAGCCCACAGGUGGUUCUGUGAGGUGGACAAAAGACCAGGAUGGCAGAUGCUGUGUAUAUACCAUGGGCUCGCCCAUCAACAACAGAGCCCUCUUCCCGUGCCAGGAGCCACCUGUUGCCAUGUCAACGUGGCAAGCAUGCGUGAGAGCUCCGUGCAAUUACACUGUUCUAAUGAGUGGUGAAAAUCAAGCCUUUCCUAAGCCUGCGGAGACAGGUUUUUUACAGUGGGAUUAUUAUGUUACGAUGCCAAUGCCAGCCUCUACCUUUACCAUAGCAGUAGGCCAAUGGCAAGAGGCUCGAGUAAACAUUCCCAACUUUGAGGUUGAAAAGACAGACGAAACUUGUGUUAAAGUACCCAGUCUUUCUUUGGAUAGUGCUGAUCAGCAAUAUGUUUGCUCCCACAUGGAUUAUCCCUGUCGCUUCAUGCUCAGCGAUGCUAGGGCACAGACCGUUAUUCCUCACCGGGUAUUUGCCUCACCCUGCCACCUGCAAAAGGCAAAAGACAUGGUUCUACCUCUACUGCCUCUCUGUCUGACUGCAGCCCACUCUGUUCUUGGUGUCCAUCCAUUCUCACGCCUAGAUGUGCUUAUUGUUCCCUCAGGGUUCUCCAGUCUGGGCAUGGCCAGUCCACAUAUCAUGUUCCUGUCUCAAAGCGUGCUAACGGGUGAGAGGAACCUCUGUGGGGCAAGAUUGUGCCACGAAAUUGCCCAUUCCUGGUUCGGCCUGGCCAUCGGAGCACGGGAUUGGACGGAAGAAUGGAUCAGUGAGGGUUUUGCCACAUAUUUAGAGGAUGUGUUCUGGAGCCACGUUCAGAAGUUGGAUUGUGGAGAGGCUGAGGAGCAGAGACAGUUAAAAGCUCUGCUGCGCUGGAGGAGACUGAGUGAUGAGUUACAGAACUCUGAAGAAGAGCUUCAGGUCCUCAGGCCCAAUAAAGAGAACACAGGGGAAGUGAGUGAGUCUGGUGCUUCAGUAGUGAAACAUGCCCUCAACCCAGAAAAACCCUUCAUGCAGGUGCACUAUCUGAAGGGCUACUUCCUCUUGAAGUUUCUGGCUGAUCAGGUUGGCGAAGAAAAGUUUCUGCUCUUCUUCAAAGUGUUUGUGGGAAAAUUCCACGGGCAGCUCAUUCUGUCUCAGGAUUUCCUGCAGAUGCUCCUGGACACAUUUCCAGAAAUUAACAGUCGAGGCAUCACACUUGAAACCAUCUUUUCAGACUGGUUAGAUACACCUGAAAUGCCAGAGUGGCUGAGGGACGCCUGCUCAGAAUGGUUGCGGACUCCAGCGGUGCAAGAAGUCAAAGAAGAGGUUGCAAAAUGGAUUCACUUCAGUGGCUCUGGUGGAAAGGGCAGCAAGCGGAAAAGAGCAGGGCCCAAGGUUAACUUCAAAGAGUUGAGUCCAGAGCAACUGGUGCUUCUGUUGGAGUUUCUUCUAGAGGAACCAAAACUGAGUUUGUCCAUGCUAAGAUGCCUUCAGACUACUUAUAACCUACAGGCCCAGGAUGCUGAGGUGAAACAUCGCUGGUGUGAACUUGCGGUCAAGCAUAAACACACAGAGGCAUACCGAGACGUUGAGCUCUUUCUGAUUCAUGACCAGGCCAUGGGUGUGUAUUUGUACGGUGAGUUGAUGCUCCAGGAAGAUGCCCGGCAGCAAGCAUUAGCACGGCAUUGUCUAUCCAUCAUUAAAGAUGACAUGGACCAAUCAGCACGUGGCGUUGUGGAGGAAAUGAUCCUCUGAAUUCACACGAAUCAGAGCUUUAGGAGAGAGGUGGAUCCCUGUGCCCUUACUACAUGAAAUUCCUGCCUCCGCAAGGGAGGGAUUCCCUGGGUCCACAUAAUUUGUUGCUUCCUUAAAAGCUGUGGAGGACUGAUAUAUGGUGGUAACCAUGAACGGAAGAAAGGGUAAUUGUCUGGCUUUGAAGCGGCCUCUCUCACCAUCACAACAAGAUAUUAUUCUGUUUAACCGAGCAGCACGGGCCGCUCGUCAGCCUAUGGGAAAGAGACAACUCGUGGGCCCUGAGAUAAAUCCAUUAGUUGUCUCGCUCCAGUGUUUUUGGUGAAGCUGUGGUGCUUUUAAUCCUGACAAGACAGUUUUAUUUGUUUGAGGACUCAGAGGAGACGGGCAGCUUUUCCAAGAUGUUGUGGUUUAUGUCACUUGACUUGGAUGAAUCACGCCGGUCAAAGCGAUCAUUCUGCAAUUUGUGCAGCGCUAAUGCAGCAUUUUCAUUCUCAGAGAGCCUGUUUGUCUUCAGAGGUCAGCGUCUAGCCGGUGUCAAUAAAUCUUCGGUACACAUUGGGCGUCUGCCUUGCUCAGACGUGCCUUGAAACGUGGUAAAUUCUGAUAGCAGAUUACACCUGUUGUUUUGAAGUACGCCAAACAGUGUCAGGAAAAGCUAUUAGACCUGAAUAAUGGUUGUUGUGCUUAGGUUGUUUUAGUUUUUGGGUCAAUGAUGUUUCACUCGCCUAAUAACUUAUUAAAAAAUACUUUAAAAAUGCAGUUCAUGCGUACAAUUAGUUAAUUACACCUUUUCUAUGAUAAGAAUGUUUGUUUGUUUUUUAAAUAUAGGAUUUUUAAUGUUUUUAAAAGAAGUUUCAUCUUCUCACCAAGGCUACAUUUAUUU